AUGCCGUACGAGUCCGCGGGUUCUGUUGCGAGUGGCCUGAUGGAUGCGCCCCAUCCCAACGUGGGCGAUCGUUUCAUGUCAGGAGGUGCUGCUGCGGCUAAUACGUUUACGAUGCGCUCCAACUGUUCGAGGGUGUAUAACAGUGUUGGCUCGAUUGACGAGGCUGAGCUCCGGCAGAAGAUAGAAGAUUCUUUACGGGCUCAAGGACUGUUCGUCAGUCCCGUCCGGGAGAAGCAGCUUUUACGGAGUGUCGGUGCUCGAGUGCUGAAUAAGAGGGCUGCCAUGGAGAACGCUGCAGCUUGUGGUUUCAACAGUCCCUCGAUGAUAGGGUCCACUAUGUUGGCCAACCCAGCCAUGUUUGAUGUCCAUGAUACCAGUGUGGGACAGUUCAAUUCAGGUCAACAGCUCGUGGAACCUCUCCUUCCUGGAUCUCGUCUGCCCAGUAUGGUCGGCCCGACUCCGGUACCAUCAUCAGCCUUCGACGGGACCCCUCAUGGUCUGAAUCGUCUGAUGGCGCAUAAGACCGGCCAGCCUAGCUUCACGAGGCUGCAUAGCCAGAUGUUUCUGCAGCCGCCGCAAGCUACUGGUGGGCCUACGCAGCCGCAUGAACUGCUGUCCAGCGAUAAUUCCAUACCGCAUCCUGGACCGACCAUGCUACCGUGCGGUGGGGAAGAUAUGUCGUCUCCACAAGUGUCCGCGAUAGACUUGCCGUUUAUGGUCCCUGUAGAAGAGGGCGCCACGGAAUCAGUUGUAGGCGAGGAAGACGGACCCAGCCCUCCACGGAAUACCCCCAUCGAUCAUGAUGACAGUGAGAAGUAUUUCUAUACCCUCAACCGAAUCAUCGUAUCAAGGUCUUCAGAGAGCUCCUUAGUGCUGAUGAAUAUGCCUAGCAUCUGGUCCAUCGAGACGGACGAUGAUUGUGAGGCUUUCCUUGCGUAUUGUGAUUGUUUGACCGCUGGGUUGGAAAGAGUUCUUCUUGUUGCUGGCGGCAGAGAUACUCUGCUCGAUUUUUGAUAUACCAUGCGUGUCUAAUGCUACUGCUAUCUAUCCAUUAUCUCUUUCGAGUCGGAAGCUACUUCACAAGGCUCAGGAUUUUGGAGGAAUCUGAGCACAAUGGUGUUGUGGUGGGAAAAGUCAUCACUACUGCGUCCCUGCAAGUGAUAUCAUCAACACA